AUGGCACCCACCCUCGAACGCAAAGGAAUAGCCACUUCGAAUAGACCACCUGCGAAGCGACGGACGGCCGCUCACGGCCGUGUACGAAGAAACACUCCGGAGUCGCGAGACCAGGAGCCUGCAGGAUAUCCGGACGAAGAGUGGCCUCUAAAACGUAUAUUGCGAGAGAGGAAGAAGGAAUACUUGGUGGAUAAAGAGGACGUUGGCAUAGCUGCGAUUGAAGAGUGGGAGGCUGAGAAGCGGCAAAGGGGAAAUCGUCUGGCCAACAGUGCAGGGAAUCACCACAAUCAGCACCGUAGAACGCUGCGCUCCCAUAUACGGGAAGUGACUGCACUUGGAACAAACAGGUCGAGCUCUCCAGCUAUCGGAGAAAAGGUACAACAUUCGCCUAGGAUUUCAAGACACAGGUAUUCCAGGAUACGGAUCAUACCCAGCUCUUCCCAAUCUGUUGAGAUUCCAGAGACCCAGCAAGAGGUGUUGCCGAACCGCAACAAUAUUGCUGUUGAAAUCAGUAGACCGAUUGACUUCUACAGCCAAGAUUACGCUGUUGCUACAAACUCACAGGUCGAAAGAAACUUAGCGACACAGGACACAGCGAACUCGAAAGACAACACAGAAGGGGAUUCUACUCUUGGUUCCUCUAUACCUCCAGAUAGCCCGAUUCGAUCAACGGCUGGACGUAUAGCAGCUCCAGAAUCCUUGACGCAAGUAUUGCUAUCUUCCCCCCGCACCAACCCCUUGUCCGAGCAUAAUAGUCUGGCCAGUGUUCGUACACAUCCAAUAGCCCUGUCAAGCGGUGUCGAAGCUUCACCUGCAGGAAAAGAACUGCAAUCUGGUCGCCAAGGCUUGCUUGUUGUCAGGAGUGAUCCAGUUAGCGACACAGUGCGGUCGCUUGUUGCUGAACACCCAACAGACCACACAAACAGUAGUCCACCACCGAGUCCUCUGUUUUACCCUAACGAAGGAGAACUCGAUCUGCAACCGAUUAUUGAUCCUAACCGAGUGGAAGAAGAGAGUGGGACGGAAGGAGAAUUAGAGUUUUUGCCUUCAUUCAGCUCUUCUGUCAGCAAGAGAUAUCACCUGGCAGUACAGCCUGGAACUACUCGUCCUCAUCCGAAUUCUGCACGAUUGAGGCAAUCAAGACUUGCAAAAGAAGACAAACCUUCAACACCGAAAACUCUUCGUAAACAGGUAGAGCACGAAGACACGUCUCAAGCUAUCGGUAACCGGACCGAUCGUUCACAUAGCACUUCGGCACUGCCUUCUAGUACGAAGUUUGCUCCAAAUUCUAGCCCAACCUCGUCCAGGCGCUUUCAUUUUCAGCCCUCCCCGUUGGGCGCCUCUGUCACUCUCCUCGAGUCACCGCGCGCCACUUCACGGGUGAAAUCGACUCAUAAGCCUACAAUCGUAGUGCCUCAUCCUUCUCAAGUACCUUCGAUUUCGUCAUCCCGGACACCUAUCUCGUAUGUGCCUACACGCCGAAGGUCACGCCUGGCCUCUUCUCCGCGGCAUUCUGCUCUCUCACCAAAUCAUUCUGUGUUGACAAGGCAACCAAACUUUCUACCAAUUCAGCCCAAUAUGGCUAACUCCCACCGAGAAUCAUCCCCUCGUGUUCGUAGGCCUCCUAAUGCGCCAUCCGAAAUGGCUCCAGAAAUUGGUUUGAGAGAGAAACUCAGGCAGAUUAGAGCGACCUCUCGCGCCAAUCAAAAUGCUCGAUCCAAAAACCAGGCAAACACUGGAGAUUCAAGGUCGCCUACAACGAGCAGGUUAGAGACGAGGUCUUUACGUCGACCUUCCCCUGAGAGGAAAGUUGAACCUAUGAUGGCCAUCUCCAUGCCCACCGAAGAUCAGCCCGUCCCGUCCUUGGAAAAUGUUGAUGGACCUGCUGGCGAUGUGGAGGUAGAAAAGGCAGACAUGGAGUCAGCUCUCAACUCGUCUCUGAGUGCUCCACUACCCGACCUCAAUGCACCGUCAGCAGAGCAUACCAUGCCAGUCCCAGACCAUGAAGCCGAGAAGACCGUCACAAAUCUAGAUAUUCCCACCAUGCCGUUGCUUCAACCUUGCGAGUUCGUGGUGCCAUUACCUAUUGACGGCCGUAUAAAGCAUCAGUACGUUGCCGAGCUAGCUGAGAGAUAUAAAGAUAUCAAUGAUUUUCUGAAUUCGCCAAAGUCACCUCGACUGUUCAAUGCUAUGGUUCAGAUGAUCAGACAAUUGAACGAUACAGUUGUUCACACUGAUCUUGGGUUGAAUGGUCCUGCAACUCAAGUUGUCUCGACCACUGAAGAAGCACUUUGGGCAGAGGAUGCAAGCAGUAAAUUUGCUUUCUUGGGCCAUCUUUUCCGCAUUUUACGCAGAUCUAACCAUCACAUAGUGUUGGUAGCACGCAGCGGGACCACCCAGAAUCUGCUGAAUUCCUACCUUAAAGGCAAAGGUGUCACUUACCGCCAGUACUCUGGCUUAGACACUGUGGGAACUUUACAGGAGGGCGCGCCUGACGAUCAAAUGAUGUAUAGCCUACUUUGCACUGACAAAGACUCGUUGAAGAGCAUUCCGCGUUCAGCAUCACUCAUAAUCGCUUUUGACGAUUCGUUUGAAGCGAGUAUGCUUCCAGAAUGGUGUGCAACUACUCGAUUUGUUCCAGUCCUACUACUCUUGAUUGUCAAUUCUGCAGAGCAUGUUGGCCGAUGUAUCCCACAAGACAUUCCCCAACCGGAGCGACUACGACGGUUGGUCAAAGCUGUUGUGCAUGUGCAGGGCGAACUCGGCGAGAUGCCAUUGCAGUUGGACUAUCGUCAUGCUUUUAAUCUCGACCCAGGCGCUCGCCUGGCACUCGUCAAGAAAGACCUCGGAGCAAAAAUCGGACAUGCUGCAGCACACGUUGCAGACGCCUUGCGGAGUAAGAACUUUGCGCUUGAAUUUGCCCUCCAAUCGAUCAGUGAGCUCGAUUUGGCAGGCCUUGAAGAUCAGCCGCCGUCGACAGAAGACUCCAAGGAGGCCUCUCUGUCAGCAUCACGCGCCGGAACUCCUGCUGGCCAAAAGCGACUACGGGAUGACCGCAGCUCCAGUGCCGUUCAAGCCAAACGACAGCGUCUAACACCACUGCGAGACAUGACACACAUCAGCGACUCCGUCAGACACUCGCAAUCGCAUAUUGACGAGCUCAAACUAGCUCUCAAAAAAGCACAGCUAGAAGCCACCGAAGAGCGUAAAGCACGUUUGAAGGCCGAAGACUUGGCCUCAUACACCGAAGCUCGUCUAAAAGAGACCAGACAAUCCCUAAGCGAGCUCCAAUACCGCUACGAAACACGCACCAAGCAAGUCCACGAGCUCAAACGUUCCACCCAGAAACUUCAUGUCGAUCUCGAAACCUCAAACCAACGUCUCGAGAAGCUCCAAACCGACACCAUCGCCCUCAAAGACCAACGCAUCGAACUGCAGAAAGAACUGCGCGAAGCCCGCGACGCCCUGAAAUCCAGCGUUGUCCCCGGAAUAGCGGAGCUCGAACUCGCCCGCGAACAAGCGCGUACCGCGGCAUCCCAAGUCCAACAGCUCCGAACCUCGCUCAACAACCUCCGCCGCGAUUUCGACUUCACCGGCUCCCAAUACCAGGACGCUUCCACCAAGGCGGCUGAUCUGGCGGCUCAGGUCUCAGAACUCGAAUCCGCGAACACGGAACUCAAGCGUCGGGCUAGCGAUGAGCGGCGCAGGCUGGCGGAGCUGAACUACAGAGAGGACAGGAAGAGAGAUCUGGCAAGGAUCGACGAGUUGGAGGCAGAGUUGGCGAAUCGAGAGAAUGUGCUUAAGAGAGUGGAGGAGGAAGUCAAGGCGUUGAGGAAGGGAAGGGGCGUGCAGACUCGGGGUAGCAGUGUUCAACCCAGGGAUGUUGGCAUGCUGGCAGGAGGGGCAAGUCCAAGGCCAGGUGCUGCUAGUGGUGCUAAUGGAGGGAGUAGGGCCGGGAGUCCGGCGUUGGGUGUGAUCGGCGGAGUCGGAGGGAAUUAUGGGCCUGUGGGAGGGAGGGCUAGUGUGUUGAGGAAUGAGCGCUGA